CUUUGUAUCAACUAGUAUCUAAGGUGAGCAUGUCUUGUAUACUUGGUGAACCAUGUUGCAAUAUCGGAACACACAUCACAUUCACAUAUGUGAACGUGGUAGUGGGUACGAGUUAUAUUAGGUGUUACUGGUUAAAGCGUUGUCAAACACUGAAUACUUGUGGCAUCUUUAAGCCGUACAUUGAAUGCUGAAAGGAAUUUCACGUUAGUUUAACUGGAUAAACACAAUACCCAGUGAUUAUUUCGAUGACGAGUUCACGCUUUAGGAAUAAAUUGACUGAAAACAAAACUCUCAAUUGGAACAAUAUGUUUUGUUUUGUUUAAAAUGGGUUGCUCAGAGCUCCAGGGCAGAAGAGGCACUAAUAAAUUAAGUCCUCAUGCACUGUUUUCAACCUCUCUUCGAAUAUCAUCAGUUUAAAUUUUUAUUGUAAUUCGUUCAGCUCUCUUCACAAACUUCUGAUUUUUCAAAUGAAUCGUCCAAAUUGGUUUUAUAUACUAUAUUUAACUGUUAUUCAAUUUACCAUCUAUGGGGUUUGUGAAGAGUUAUCUGUUAGUCCUAUUGCUCAAGCGCUGCGUGUUCAUGAGUCUGGAAUUUUUGAAUGUUCUUUCGAAAACUCAUCCUAUAAUUCAGACUUAAGGUGGAUAUUGUUUGAUGGAACAGUUCUAUUAAAUGGUAACACAUCAGAAGAUGGUCGAUUUAUUAAUGAAGAUGGUAUCCUAAAAAUGACUAAUCUUACUAUACCUGAUUCUGGUGAAUAUAACUGUGUAAAUGUUGAAGUCAAUACCACUGUUACUGCUCAUCUUAAAGUGUAUAUUAUGCCAUCUUAUUUAUUGGAAGGAUCCAUUGUUCUUGCUAUCAAUGGUGUUCUCUUCAUUUUAUUCAUUUAUUCAAUGAUAAAAACAUAUCGAGAACAAAAUAUUAAAGAUCGUAUGCAUGCUUUCUAAUGGUUGUUUGUUUAAUUGAUGAGAAAGAUUUCUCUCUCUGAUCUUGUUUUUUUUUACAUCAACUGCCAUUCCUUAUCGAUUAUUGUUUUGUUUUUUUUUGCGUGAAUUUUCUAAAUAAUAUAAUUACAUAUGUUAUACUAUGCUUUAUAAUUUAAACAUGCAGUUUAAUGCAUUCACUUGUAUCUGAUAUUCAUCUCUUAGCUAUGUUAUAAACUGUCUUUACAAGAAAAUAGCAAUUCAUGGAUUUUUUUGCAGUUAUGAAACACAUUAUUUUGUUUUUCGCAAUCUGAAAUCACCCUAUUUUUUUCAACUCUUAACAAGGCAAAUCUGUGAAUAUGUUGUUGUUAAUGUCGAUUUUUUGGAUAGUUUUAAAAUUUAUAUUAACUUUAUACCUAGUAUCUAAAAAUUCUGUUUUGAAUUAAGGAAGAAGUUUGAUUUGUUUCAUCUUGUCUUAUUUUCAUUUGACGUAAACAAGAUUCAAUAAAUUAAUUUAACAUUGAUG